AUGGAUAACUUGCGCUCGAAGUUACUGAUUUCUACACAAGUGAUUGUGAAUUUGGUUGAGGAAUAUAUCCCAAGUAAGUUCUUUCCUUGCCUCAGACUGCUUUGGGAGGCUUCUGAACGGGCAGAAUUGCAGGUUCUUCAAUCUGAAGGGACAGAAGUGGCUGUUCUUGAGGAUUUGAUGAGUUGGGACUGCAUUGUAAAAUUUGUUGAGGUUUUCAUAUUUGAGAAAACUCAGACUCUACUUGUCUUGACUUUUGCUGAACCAAAUUUGUAA